CAUAAAUCGAGGCUCUUUCUUCUUCUCCUUCUUUUUCUACCUUAUUACCCCUCCCAGUCCACGGUGACACACACCACCGUACCACUAGCCAUGGCCAUGAGGCCACACGGUGAAAGAGACCCUCCACAACCACAACAAGCAUCUUCCCGUGCCUUUCUCGACACAGUACAAGAAAUCACCUCAAUCUAUAGGUCACUGCCACCUAGACCUUCUAUUGAAGAAGUGGAAGCUGCCACGUCAACUAUGGACACCGUGAACACCGAGGAAAAAAUCAGACUCAACGAAAUCUCAAUGCAAGAAAUCCCUCACCAUGUCCCUCAAGACCUCUUUUAUGUCCUUCAGGAACUCAGGAAGACCAUGGUCGUGUUUCAGAGCCAUCAACAGAGGAGAGAGGCACUUCACCUUCUUCAGCAAGAAAAGAUGUUUCAAACCUUCGCUGAUCUCAUUCAGAGAGCUUCUCAGUUCGUUUCUGGAGAUGCCCAGGAACUAAAGUUUCCUACUUUAGCCCAACCCCAUGUUGCGAUCACUGAUGAUACUUUGGUUAAGAAGAAGGAAGAGGAUGAACCCCAGAAAAACGAUUUCGAAGCGGUAAUGGGUUCCUCUUCAGCAGGCGAUGGAAGCAGUGAGAAAUUAAGUCUAAUGAAAGCGGCUACUCUUAUUGAAAUUUGCGCCAGUAAUGGAGCUAAAAGCCUUGAGCUUAGAGGGAAAUUGGUGGAUCAGAUGGAGUGGUUGCCGGUUUCAAUUGGGAAAUUAUCUGAUGUCACUGAAAUGGACCUAUCUGAAAACAGAAUCAUGGCUCUUCCGACAACCAUUGGGGCUCUAAAGGCCUUAACAAAGCUUGAUCUUCACUCAAACCAACUUAUAAACCUUCCUCAAUCAUUUGGUGAAUUGAUAAACCUCAUUGAUCUUGACCUCCACGCCAACAGAUUGAGAUCACUUCCUCCUACUUUUGGAAACUUGACAAAUCUUACUGGUCUAGACUUGAGUUCAAAUGAGUUCACAGAGUUACCAGAGACAAUUGGAAAUUUGAACAGCUUGAAGAGAUUGAUUGUUGAAACAAACGAGCUUGAGGAACUGCCUUAUACAAUUGGAAAUUGCUCUUCACUAUCUGUGCUUAAGUUAGAUUUCAACCAGCUCAAGGCCCUUCCUGAGGCAAUUGGGAAGCUGGAAUGGUUGGAGGUUCUCACCUUGCACUAUAAUAGGAUUAAGAAAUUGCCUUCCACAAUGGGUAAUCUAUCCAAUUUGAAGGAGCUUGAUGUUAGCUUUAAUGAACUUGAAUUUGUACCGGAGAACCUGUGUUUUGCAACUAAUUUGAAGAAAUUAAACUUGGGAAAGAACUUUGCGGACCUAAGAGCCUUGCCAAGAUCAAUUGGAAACCUUGAAAUGCUUGAGGAGUUGGAUAUAAGUGAUGAUCAAAUAAGAGCUCUACCUGAGUCUUUCAGGUUAUUGUCCAAGUUGAGAGUUUUUAGAGCUGAUGAGACUCCCCUUGAGGUGCCACCAAGAGAAUUGGUCAAGUUGGGUGCUCAGGAAGUUGUGCAGUAUAUGGCUGAUUUUGUCAUCAAUAGGGAUGCAAAACUUCUGCCAUCAAAGAAGAAAAAGAGGGGAUUUUGGUUCUGGCUUUGCUCCAUAUUUUACCCUAAGCUGAAAUGAUGUCUUAACAAAGUCAUCAUGUUAAUUUAUGUUUCUUCAGUUUAUCCAUUCCAUAUGUUUGGAACACCUUGUUUCUACUUUCUCCGAAUAAACUUCUCUGUAAUUUUGGAUUUGCAUUGUAAACAAGUGUUUGUAACUUUGAUUUUUUCUUAAUCUUGUCAUAUGCAGAUGAAAUGAACAAUGUAUAAUAUUGCAGUAUCAAGAUCGAUGUGUUCAUUGCUUUU